UGGACACACCUGUGCCGACUGCUCUUCAACAUCUGUUCACCAAGGACACAUGGAUGGCUGUCAUACAGCGAGGAGCUGUGUUGGCGUGGAGUCUGAGCCUCACGGAAGCUGGCUGUGCAUUGGAUGCACGGCCAAUAAAAGGACUAGGAUGUAACAAAACUACCUUCCUCCUUGUGUUUAUUUUCAGCUCAGAAAGAGGGGCGGCGCUGCGCGUUCCCUUUUUUUUCACGCAC